GACGCCUACACGCGUGCAGAGUUUAUAUACUCUGCCUGCACAAGCGGGGAAACCCUGAACAAUGGAUGUUCAAGAAAGAGCAGCUCAACUGGAGAUUUCCACCCGAAACCCUCAAGAGGACUUUGAACUUUUGCAGCGUGUUGGCGGAGGGACCUAUGGGGAAGUCUAUAAGGCAAGGAAGAGAGAGUCGGGAAAACUGUCUGCCAUCAAAAUUGUCAAAAUGGAAGCAGAUGAUGAUUGCGUGGCUAUCCAACAAGAGAUCGUGAUGGUGAAAACCUGCAAACAUCCGAACAUCGUCGCGUACUACGGGAGUUACAUCCGGUUUAAGAAGCUGUGGAUUUGCAUGGAAUUCUGCGCAGGAGGAUCCCUCCAGGACAUCUAUCAAGUCACGGGCCCCUUGUCGGAGCUACAGAUUGCCUAUAUCUGCCGGGAAACCUUACAAGGUUUGUCUUAUCUUCACAAACAAGGCAAGAUCCAUCGAGAUAUAAAGGCCCAAGCCCUCAUAUAUUUUGUCAGCCCGCAGUCACAAAAUGAGGUAGAAAAGUUGAAAGAGCAGUUUGUAAACAUUGGAACUCCAAAUAGAAAAGGACCCCGGAGUCUGGGCAUUGGGAAUAUUGUGUUGUGCACCUUUGGGACAUUAUCCCCUUCGUCUUCUGCUCUUGUUCCAGUCCCCAGGGUGGAACCCAACCAACCGUCUUCGCUUUUCUUUUCCCAGCACCAGUUUGUAGCCCAGGCAGGGCUCACGCAGAGGCUGACCCUUGACCUCUUGGAGAAAGUACACAAUCCUGACCAGCUCCCCAGAGGUGAGGCAGAAGAAGAGGAACAAGAGUUGCCUCCACCUCCAGUGCCGCGAAGGAUUCACUCCAGCCAGCGGCAGGGCGUGACUUCUCCAGGAUAUGCUGGUGCCCAAGAGCAUAAUUUCAGCCCUACUUUACGAAGAAGGCAAACUCUGGGAUCUUCAAGCUCUAUGGAGAUCAUGCUAGAUCCAGGCUACAGUACGAUGGACAAACUUGGUGGUGAAUUCAGCAGCAGGAAGAGUGUAACUGAUUCGGACGACUACGAUGAUGUGGAUAUCCCCAGCAGACCAGACCUAAUCAGGGAUGCUCAGCCUGUCGAUCUUCCACCCCCGCUACCUCCCAAGCCGAGAGUUUGUCUCCCCUCGGACGAAACGGCAGUGGCUCGAUCCCGCAACCGCUUUCCUGCAAAAUCCCUAGUCCGGGGACGCUGUUCCAGUGGUCCCAUCCUGAGUUGGCCCUCGCCACAAAGUAGUUCUGAGAGAGCCGAGGCCUUCCACCUCACAGCCAAAUCCGUCCCAGAACUGCGUUCGGAUCCCUUAGAUGAGAUGCCGCCCAGCCUUCCCCCUAAGAUGGAGAGGAGACCGAAACUGGACAGGGCCCUCUUCAAGAAAGUCUUCAACGAGUGUCCCUUGCGCCUCACCUCGGCCACCGCCUGGACCCAUCCGCACACCAACGAGCUGCACUUAAUUCUGGGGGCUGAAGAAGGAAUCUUCGCCUUGAACCGGAAGGAGGCGGAACCCGCUCUAGAACUGCUUUAUCACAGCCGAACGACGUGGGUCUAUUGCAUGGGGAAUGUUCUCAUGUCACUUUCAGGCAAGGUACCCCAACUCUUUUCCCACAAUUUACUCAGUCUGCACGAGCAGAGCAAGAGAGACCAGCGCCUGGGAGUAUCCCUUUCUCCACACCGACUAUUACCCAGGAAAAACAUCAUCACCACCAAGAUCCCCGACACGAAGGGAUGCCAGAAAUGUUGCACAGCCAAGAACACCCAGAACAGUUGCCACUUCCUCUGCGGAGCCUUGGAGGCAGGGGUUGUUCUCCUCCAAUGGUAUGAACCCAUGCAGAAAUUCAUGCUGGUCAAGUACUUUGAUUUUCCCCUGCCUCCCUUGCUGCCCAUCUUCGAGAUGCUGAUAAACCCUGAUGAGGAAUAUCCGGUGGUCUGCAUUGGUGUGAGCAAGGGCCCCCCGGGACAAGCUGUGCAGUUCCAAGUCAUUAACCUCAAUUCCUUAACCUCCUGGUUUAUCAGCGACAAAAGCGAACCUUCCUGCUGUGGCUUCGUCCAGGUGACUCAGUUGGAUAACAAGACAGUGAUGGUUUUGAUGGAUGGAUGCAUCCAGUUUGUCAGUCCCCGAGGAGCACUGCUUGGAUCUCCACCAAAACUCACCUUCGACGUAGCUGUGGAGUCAGUCGCACUGGUGCAGAACUGCGUGCAUGCAUUUUGGCGCCAUGGUGUGCAGACACGGCCGCUUGGAUCAGGGCAGGUAGCACAGAAGCUGCAGGAUCAACGGUGGACCUUCCGCCUACUGGGAGCCUCCAGCACCAUUGUGUUAGAGACGCGACCAGUGAAUAAUCCGAAUUCCACCAGCAAUCUCUAUGUGCCGGAAUGAUGACAGUUCAACCUCAACCUGCAGGUUGCUCAGAUUGACCAUUUCCCACCCUCUGGAACCGAUUCCUCAAAGAAGAACGAAUGACGGGGAAAGGGACUCCAUCUUCAGGGCUGCCCAGGAAACUGGCAAGACAGGGCUGGAAGUGGGAAACUGUCCAGCCCAACUCCUCAGUAGCUUCACCCCGAAGCACCAAGGGACACCAAUGCCUUGGUUUUAUGCUUCUCCUUACAUAUGUUCAGUUUUUGUUUCCCAUAUGUACCUUCUCCUCUGAAAGAUGUAUCUCGGUGUGCAUGUAUGUAUCUGUGAACAUCCAGGAUGUGGCUAAGUUGUGUAUGGCCAGAUCCUGCCUGAGUAGCGGUUACCCCCCAGGAUGUUGUGGGUGCCCCAUCACUGGAGGCUUUCAAGAAGAGAUCGGA